UUGGGACAAGUGAUAGCAGAAGCAGACUGUAGAGACGGAGAGUACACAACAGACACCUAUAGGUUAUCGUCUUGUUUUCAUUUUUAAAACAGUGUAGUGACUUCCGCGGCGCGAUCAAUAUUCAAUACCGUAAUUUACUAGCAAAACACAAACAACUUAAUAUUUUAUUAUUGUGGUUCGUCUUGGGUACGAACGACAUAUUACCUACAAUAUACUGAACAAAUAACAGUGGUAUUUCUUCUUAAAAUCGUGUACUUAUUAUUGUAAGCUGUAAUUGUAAUGAAAAUUAAAUUAUCGUUGAUUGUAGCAGCUAGUGAAAACUUGGGGAUCGGUGUACAAGGGAAAAUCCCAUGGAUGCUGAAAAAAGAAAUGCAACAUUUUACGAAAAUGACAAGUUUAUCAAAAGACAGUGGUAAACAUAAUGCAGUUAUAAUGGGGAGGAAAACAUGGGAAUCCAUUCCUGAAAAAUUUCGGCCACUCAAAGGAAGGAUAAACAUUGUAUUGUCUCGUUCAGAAGACAAUAAAUACCCUCCAGAUGUGGUCAUGUGUAACUCCUUUGAAGAGGCACUAGAAAUCCUAGACAAGCCCCCUCUAGUUGAAAACAUUGAAAAUGUUUGGAUUAUUGGUGGCAGUUCUGUAUAUGAGGAAGCAAUGAGACAUGACCAAUGCCACAGAAUUUAUAUUACGUGGAUUAAAAAGGAGUUCAACUGUGAUACAUUUUUCCCAAAACUUCCAGAAAAUUUCGAGGAAACUAUGGAUGAAAAUGUACCAUUGGGAAUUCAAGAAGAAAAUGGAAUCCAGUAUGAGUAUAAAGUUUAUGAGAGAAAAUCUGUAAAAUCAGAAUAAUUAAAACAUUUUGUUAUACAAUAAACAUUAUUCUAUA